ACAGGGGGUAAAUUACGAAGACAAUUUCCUACCAUACACCGGCUCCUGUUGGUACGCGAAGCCGACGUUGUUCUCGAUUGAGAAGUGCGUGAAAAUCUUCGCCAAGGGCAUGGCCUCCUCCACCACUCCGGAAAAGUGCUGGUCUUCGAUGCCGUGCGAACAGGUGAACAAUUUCGCGUGCAGCUACACGCCAGACCCGUACGAGGAAUCUUUGGUGCAGCAGGUGACAACAAGCUUCACGAUCAUGGAAAACCGGGCGCCAAUCGCGUAUCCUGCGCAAAAGUGUCGUGGUACUCGUACAAAAUCAAAAUGCAAUCAUGCAUAGAGAAAUCUCGUUCGUGAGCUAAAUCAGCAUGACAAACUCCGUACUCUACUUCAUCCUGAGCAAAUUUGUGAUGCAAGUACCACUAGCGCGGUGCUUUUGCAAGGCAUAUUGCGCUCGGGUCGACAGUCUUGAAAAGGUUCGCGGACACCACGGAUCUAGAAGUGAUCGGGAACUCGUAUCAAAACGGACCAUUGCUAACCCCCGGGACGGGGAAUUCUGCUGUGUACCUACACUCCAUGUACUCGAGACGGAAAUUGGACAACGCGUGUCAGCAGGGGACUUUGGCCGUACAUCUCUACCGGGAUAUGUUCGGGCACUUUUCCACUGAUGCGAUCAGCUCUAUCUACAAAACCUUCGGUUGUCCGGUCGAUGGUUGCUUGCAAGAGGAGUCGAUCCACGCUGCGUUUGUAGCCGCGCCACCGGAUGUCGGGAUGACUUACACGGUGAAAGAUUUGUUCAACGCGACAGCGGAGAGAUUUAUGCAAUGCAAAUUUCCCCUUCCACGAUGUACAACAUGCAUCACAAAUUUCACCAAUUGGGAGCGUUAAACUUGUCAUGCUGAACUAGGAUCAAAGCCAAGUUUUGUCAUGCGGAGACCGCAUCUGUACGUGUACGGGAAAUUUCCUGUGGAUAAGAUUAGGAAACGACAGGUUCGUCCCGGGGACCGGGACUCUAACCACUCCCGGCACGAUGAACGGGGGAUCCAACCGGACCAGCGACGUCGAAACCUUGCAGAUUACCAUAUCAAAAUGAAAAAAGUCCCCACCCCAUAUCAAAUGGGAAAUCUGUGAUGCAUGAUUUGUGUACACCAAUGCGCGUUGUCUUGCACUACGGCAUCGCAGCCAGGUCCGCAGCCUAGGGAGGGACACUUGGGUCUAGGUGCUUAGCAUUGCAAACGGCUGUCCUCUAGGCCCCACAGCAUGCCAAAUCUCUUCCAUAGCGGCGCGGAAGCCUCUGCGUUUGUCUUCUUGCAGGACAGACGUAAUUUGUGGUCUCAAAGCACAAGCAGCAAGACAAAUUUUCGGCAGCAUGCCUUUUCGAUAUGGGGGGGGGUUUUUCCUCUCAAUACACCAGGGGGAUUGGUUGGAAAAUUUUAGACCUCUCAACCAUCUUCCAGCACUGGUGUAAGAAAUGGCAGUUAGACGGAAAUCCGACAGUAAUGGAUGCUGCUGGCACUGCGGAUAAGGUGCACUUGAUUUUAGAAUUGACCCCGUCCACGCCUCAGACCGCGAUCCGGUUUUCUGGCGUCCAUGCAGUGUAUCCGGAGUGGCGCCCGAUGUUUGUCACGAACUGGAUUUCCUCGGACUCGUAUUUGACGAAUAAGGAGUGCCGCGUCGAGCACCAGUCUUCAUCGGAGUUACAAACAGAAGUGCGGACGAUCACGGGGUAUGCAUUGCAAAAAUGUCUCGGUCUGGAAGGACCCAAACUUGUCAUGCUGUCUUUGGAUUCUAAAAAAAUCUGUAUUGCAUGACCAGCAAGAGGAGCCCAGACUGUGCUACGCGGAGAGGACAUUUGUCAUGCGGAAUAGGCAUCAGGAAGCCUUCCAAAAAUCUGUAAUGCUAAGUCAUGCACUCGAGGCAUCAUGGGCCAUGCAAAUUAUGCAUGACAAACCUGGCCAUCUUCCAGACCCAGACAUGUUUGCAUUUGAUACGGGGCUCCAGCAGGGCGGGAUUGACUCCGCGCUGGCGAUUUUGGACAAGCCAUUGGAUUUAUGAAUGAGCACAACUCCCCCUCCCCCUCAUUUGUCAUGCAAAAUUACCUAAGCCACCCUUUGCCUCUUGGCACUGUUUGCAUGACAAGUUCUGGUAGCCGAAAUAGCACUCUACUCCAGUGGAAAUUUGUCGUGCAAAACCGGCAUUCUUGCUGAUGCUUGUGUUGCCGUUCAUGCUAUACAAAUGAGGGGGAGGGGGGGUUGUGCACUGUUAUAGGAUUAUUCCCACGCGGCCGGGAAAAACAGCUUUGCGCGAGUGGCGUUGCUGAGUCGGAACUUGAAAGUCGUCUCCAACUUCCCGAACGGGCCUGGGUCUAACUCACUGGAAAGAACACACCUCCGAAUGAUCCGGGGCGGGGUGACGGUGGAUGUGCAGGGUGAUUUCAAAAUGGUGAACACGGAGAUUACCGGGGGAGGGAAGUACGGGGGAAAUCUCCCAGCAGUGGACUUCAAGCCGAACGCUUUACAAACCCUUGUUUCCUUAGUGAAUCCCACGACUGUAUGAAAUGCAAAUAUGUCUGGGUCAUCUGGAAACUUGUGAUGCUGGGUGGUGUAUCAUGAGGAGGCAACAAGUGCUGGCUCAGCAUGACAAGUUUCUGAGCUUCUAGGUGUUGCCUAUUCUGCAUGACAAACUGCGUUUCUGCAUGGCGGAAAAAUGGGGCUCUUGGGUGACGUGCAUGACAGAUUUAAGAGACAUGCCAGACAAGCAUGACAAACAUGCAUUCUUCCAGACCCAGACAUUUUUGCAUUUGAUAGACUGGUACCAUCGGUCCGGUGUCGAGCAGCAACCGAGUUUUCAAAAAAUCGACGAUCACCGAUGCCAGUGCCGACGCGGUAGUAGUCCGGGACUCGACUUUCAACGAUAUGAACUGCAAAAGUAUCGUACUCGUCUUGCAAUCAUGCAUUACAAAUCUUUUUCUUAAGGUAAAUCUGCAUUACAAAUUUCAUUUCUCAUGCUGAGGAAAUUUGUAAUGCAUUUAUAUAUGCGAGUGCGAUACUUUUGCAGUUCAUAAACGACGACAUUCAGCAAAACGUGUUCGUGAAAACACGCGGACGGGCGGUUUUGGUGGAGCAAAAAGCGAGAAAUGUGAAAUUGAUCGCAAAUAAUUUCUUAGGACAUAUUCUACAUCCUCGAACUGCGGAAAUAAGGAAAAUGAAGGCGGAAGACACGGCCUUGCGGAUUUUGGGGAAGUCAUCAGAUUACAGCCCAGAAGCGGUGGUCGAGAUCCAGUCGCGGAGAGGUUUAGCGACAGAAGAAUUCUACGAGUACGUGACAACCGAGCAGCAAGUCGACUCUGAUAAUGACGGGAUUUUGGAUACAACCACGACAAUCAAGACGAUGACGACGUUCUAUUCCCCGAUAAGUGAAAUGCGGCAGAACUACAUUGGUGGCUUAUCCUGAGCAAAAACGUCCCCAUCCCAGAGUCAAGAUGGGGAUCUCGCAAUACAAAUCGAGAAGUUUUAUUGGGAGUCAAGCAUGACAAGUUUGUCUCUGUAUUGUAUGUAGUGAGGUCACCGAACGGUUCUAACCAGGGAGUUUUCUUGACAUAUACCCUGAAAAACGACCGGCAGUUUUCAAGCGGUCGGAAGCGUUUUUUGACAAAAAAAAAUUUCAAUUAUCAAGCGGCCCUGGCUGUGUCGGCACCGAAUCGCCAGCGGAUUCUAUCGAUCGCCGCUUGGUAAAACGACGCAGAGAAGCCAGCAAAAGGGGCGCCCUUCUGAGGCGCCCACCGCCUUAGUUUCUGGCGGUCUGGGGCGCCCAAAAAGGAGCGCGAAAAAAACGCGCCCAAAAUCAGAACAGCGAAACAGCAUGGCACGGCCACGGUUCCGGAGCAUUUUGGGCGGCCGCGAAAGCGGCCGCGUUGUCGCCGGUGUCAGAGCCUGGGAAGGUUUGCAAAAAGCGCCGGCUAGAAAAAUAGAAACGCAAAAAAGCAAAAGCGCGCCAGACGCGCCAAGCCAAUCCGCAUGCUAUGGGCCCGAUUUUUCUUCGCUUUUUGGGCGCCCCCCGUGGCACCCGGAUCGGCCCUAUAGCAUGGGGGCUGGCUUUCGGAAAGGACUAUCGGGAAUUUGCCAAAAUUUGCGACGUUUACCAAGCGGCCGCCAUACCGUGCGGCCUAACGUUACUCGCGGCGGUAUGGCGAGGCCAGAAAAAGCAAAGCCGCGGCCAAGGCGACGGCCGGCAAGAAAACGCCCACGACCUCACUACCCCCGCCCCGGCGGCUAUAUUUGGUAGUGCAGUUUAGCAAGUACAGCCGCAACGCAAAUCCAUUAGCUCAUCUUGUUUAGAGCAUUACAAAGUCCAAAACACGAUUGGAAAUAAUGCUUCUCGUGGGGAUGCGCAUUACAAACUUUUCUGUGACUGGAAAUCUGCAUGACAACCCUGGGGUGGGGACGUUUUUACUUGGGAUAUGGGUGUUACGACAUCGGGAUGCAGUACAGGCCGGACAAAACGACAAUCUACGAUGCGGAUAAUUUCGACACAGAUAUCCCUGGUGCGAAGAGGAUCGCGAAGAUUGCGAAUAACGAGGUGUCUGGCUGUGUGAUCGGGUUCUUCUUGCUAAGGCCGUGUGAUUUACAUGGUGGUGGCCCGAGCUACGGGUGCGCGGAAAGGGGGAUUCACGAGGCGAUAUUGCAAGGAAAAAUCCCCCCUCCCCAUAUUGAAAGCAGAGCAUUCUGAAAAUUUGUGAUGCAGAUUUGUGACCACAGAUUGGGUCUGUCUUGCAGAUAGGGACAAUCAGGCUGCCCGCCACGUUAUGCAGGCGCUUUGUAAAAAUGCUGUAAGGCCUACAGGGUAGCCGUCAACCGUGCUAGGCGCCUACACGAGAAGGCCCGUGCCUAGGCGUGGGGUCUCUCUGCGUGCAGUCCUCUACUGCAACACACAUUUGAUUCGUGUAGCCAAAGCCGGCAUCAGAAAUUCACGGCUUGUUUUGAUAUGGGGAGGAGGGAUUUAUUUUCCUUUGGAUAGGCGAAGGUCGGGAAGCUCUUCGCUUGGCGGAACAGCCACGUUGGGAUUUUCUUCACGGAUUUCCCGUCGAGACUCCACUUCGUCAACGUAACUGUAUCGGAGAACCACAUUGGCGUCACGGGUAGCUUCCACCGGAUGCCGGGGGAUCAUGACUUAACAUCAGAUUUAUUCACCAUGACGAAUUGCACGGUGCAAGGGACGGACGAAGAUCAGUACUUGGCGUCGUGUCCGGGUUACACGUACAUGAUCCAAAACAGCAAUACUGCUAAAACUGGAUCUUCCUUCGACAACGCUAAUUGCUUCAAUUACAACUACUUUGACAAACUCGCGUAUCACACAGGAAGAAGGUGGCAAGGCACCACAUUUGUCAUGCAAAAAUAACUACACAAGAAAAUUUCUCUUGCAUAUCUGAAACAGCAUGCUAUGGGCGAGCGCGAGCCCCUUGAGCAGUAGAUGAGAUCUGUCUGUGAAUUCAUUCUAUGCAUUACAAACAUGCCUAAUACCGGCUUUUUUCUGUGUGAUAUCGCGACAAAGUGCACGUCGAUGGGAAGACGGUUCCACCGGAUGGGCAUCUUGCUCCCUACAGUAUCGAAUCUGGGAAAAACGUGCGAAGACGGCAUGGAAGUGAACGGGUACAGCAAUAAACUACCCGACGGAGGAGCGGCGGCAUUAACAACAUCCUCCACAACCAGCUUCCGAACUUGCGGCACUGCAUCCUCGAUGAACAGCCGAAGACCAAACAUCCCGGAGAGGGCGUGUAAUUUACCGUAUGAUUCGCGGUUUGGUCUACGGGGGUCGCGGUUCGCCACGUAUUACUUCAAGAAUACGUAUCUCGAUGGAUAUGGGACUGUGACGGAGGCGAACGUGUUUCACCGCUGCACUUUCAGGAACAACAUUGCGGUCAGCUACAACCCAUCCGCGAUCGACUACAUUCCCGAGGCGCGUUUUGAGUCGGUGUCGAGGAAAACCGGGACGAGUUUUUUACUGAACAACCAAGCAGAUUUGCUUCCUGCGCCAGGAACGUUAUGCGACAGCGAGUACGGGUGUGACGGGCUGAAUUCGCUCUUCAUUUCCGAUUUGGACGGAAGUUUCUUGAACCAGGUCUUCCCUUCUCUGUUGAUAACGAAAACAAACCAACUCUUCUAUCAAAAUGAAAAAUCCCCCCACCCCACAUCAAAACGAAGUCUGUGAUGCUGGAUUUGCGUACACAAAUCAGAUUUGUCUUGCUGGAGAGGACUGCAGGUCCAUACCAAGCCUGAGUAGAGAGGUUUUGGACUAGGCUCUUAGCAUGAGAAACGUCUGCGCUGUAGGCCCAACAGCAUCACAAACCGACUGCAUAAUGCGGCGGAGCCUGUGGAAUUCCCUUCUUGCAACACAGAGAUGGCAUGUGGUCGCAAAUCAGCACUGCAAAUCUUUUGCGACGGACCUUUUCGAUAUCGGGAGGGGGGAUUUUUCCUCACAAUAUUUUCUCGUCCCGAUCCGUCGAUUCUGGGACGACGUUUUACCAAGAUUGCCAGAAGGAUGCCGCCGGGUUCUACUACUGCUUCAACGCGAGAGCCGUCACCGUUUCUUGGGAGUUAUGGAAUGCAAAUAUGUCUGGGUCUGGAAGAGUGUACGUUUGUCAUGCUUGUCUGGCAUGACUCUUAAAUCUGUGAGGUAUGAGCAGUAAAAGGGCCUCUUGCCUGUGAUGCAAAAACGCAGUUUGUCAUGCGGAAAGCGCAACACUAAGCAGCGCAGACCUUUCUCAUGCAAGGCUGUGCAUUACAGAGCAUUCACUAUUCCCAACCAAGCAUUACAAGUUUCCAGACUCAGACCUAUUUGCAUUUGAUAGGAGUCCGCGGACGAAGGCCAGUGCUGCGGGAACACGAGGAGAGCUUUAGGGUACUUCGUAUCAAAUGCAAAAGUGUCUGGGUCUGGAAGGAUGCAACUUGUGAUCCUGCGUUUGGAUUUCAAAAAAAUCUGUAUUGCAUGAGCAGCAAAGGGAGUGUGAUUUUUGCUACGGGAAGAGGGCACUUGUCAUGCGGAAUAGGCAUCCAGAAGCCCUCAAAAAAUCUCUGAUGCUAGGGCAUGCAUCACAGACAUCAUGGCUCAUGCAAAACACUUGCAUGACAAGUCUCAGAAUCUUCCAGACCCAGACAUUUUUGCAUCUGAUAUUUCGAAACCUACCGCGAUCUAUCUCUAUUAGCGAGCCGAGACAACUACCGGAAAAAUUCCAUGACGCAAGCCGGGCCACGGGACUCACUACACGCUUACGCGAUGAAGCAGACGCGAUUUUUCGGGUCGGGACGGGACGAUUUGCCCGCGCUGUGCAGCAGGGAGAUUUUGUACGGAGAUUCGGCGUAUCCGAUGUUGCUGCAAGAGAACAACUACUACAACAUCACUUUACUCGAAAAGCCGCCGAAAAUGAUCCGGUUGAUGUGCGACUCCAUGUCAACUACCACUUCUGGUUCCACUGUGAACCAGAACAGCAAUUAUUUCAUCUUGCGGAUGCAAUUGCCGAUGAAGCAAGAUUUGCGGAUCUACACGACCGCGACGGAGUUUUCAACCCAGCCAAUCAUGAAUUCAGAUCUGAAAUUGGCGAAUGGAAUCGUGUAUCAAAUGCAAAAAUGUCUGGGUCUGGAAGAAUACAAACUUGUGAUGCGCAUUUCAGAACACAGAAAAAUCUCUCAUGCAUAGGUAGCAAAAGCUGCCCGCUUUCUGUCACCCGAAUGGGGGGUUUGUCAUGCGGAUUCGGCAUUGCGGAAGCUUCUCGAAACCUGUGAUGCUGGAGCUUCCAUGCCAGACCUUCUGUGUCAUGCAAAAACAGCAUGACUCUUCCAGACCCAGACACUUUUGCAAUCCAUAUCGUGCCGAAUCCGUUGGAACCCGCGGUGGUUCAUGGGUCGUUCAGUGUUGAUCCAGUGGCGUAUCCUGUGCAAAAGUAUCGUACUCGUACAAAUGCAAGUUUAGCAUCACAAAUCUUGUUUCCAAGGCAAAUCAGCAUUACAAAUUUUUUUUCUGAUGCUGAGGAAAUUUGUAAUGCAUUCAUACGAGUGCGAUGCUUUUACAAUCCAUAUGGCGAUGACGCAAACGAUCUUGUUCCGGUCGAAGCCGGGAACGGGCCGGUGUCCGACUUUGUACUUGCAGAUGCUGGACGUGGUGGAGGUUCAGAUUGUUUUGGAUCUAGAACUAUGAAUUGCAUCAAAAGUAUGAUCGUACUCGUCGUAAAAUGCAUCACAAAUUUCCUCAGCAUGAGAAAUAUAAAUCUGUCAUGGGGGUUUGACUUGAGAAAGAAAUUUGCAUUGCAUGACUGCGAUUAAUAGUACGACUGCGAUACGUUUGCGAUGCAUAAGAACUCUCCGAAUUCAACUCGCAGAAGCAGUACGAUUUGCGGAUUUCGUUAGCUACGUUACUCGGGAUUGCGUCGACGAGAAUCGAGUUUAUCGCAACGGCGGCGAGGCGGAGGCUGACGUUUGCGGAAAUGGAUAAAAUCGAUGCGGAGAAGGAAAAACGGAUUCUGUCAAUGGACCAGAACGUGCUGGACAUGCCGAUGGAUCAGAGUUCUUUUGGCGGUGGUGUUAAGGAGGGUGCUCAGGAGGUAGGUGUUGGUCGUUUGGGGAAGAUUGGGACCAGGGGGUCUCAAUCGAGAACAACUGCGGAUGUUGGUGCUACGAGGAGCUUGGGCGGUCACCAGGACGGCGUUCCUGAUGGCAGCAGGGCUUCUGGCGGUGAUGGUUUAGGGCUGCCAAAUGGGUUUGGGGAAACGGGUUCACUUCUCGGAGGCGACGAUGCAAAACAGUUACAACUCAAUUCUGAUUCAUUCGAAGUCGACAGCAGUGCUGUGCACCGCAUGUUGGCGACGAGUUAUGAGUGUGCACAACUCGUCCCCCUCCCCCUCUCCUGUAAUAUUGCGAGGAAAAGCAAUACAAACACCAGCACACAUGGAGCCUUUGCAUGACAAGGAGGUCAUGCGCCACCUAGUGUAGUACUGUUUGAGCUUCCGGACUUUGUCAUGCAAACGGUGCCACAAGGACAAGGCAGCAGUUGGAUUUGAUAUUUUGCAUGACAAAUGCGGGUGAGUCUCCUGACCCUUCUGGUCGUCACCAUUCCGCCGGUGUCUGUGCUCUCGGGCGCGUCACCCACCUCAGGACCUCAGGACCUCAGGUUAAGAGUUUGUCGACGUAAUUUACAAAGGGACGCCCUGCCCUUAGUUUCCCAACAUGACAAAUGCGGGGGGAGGGGAAGUUCUGCAGUGUCAUACGAGUGUCUCGGUCUUGAUCAAGGAAGACGCGGAGCAGCCGGUAUGCAAGACAAAAACGUAUUCUGUCAUCACAUUGUCAACUUGUCAUGCUAUUUUGGAGCUAUAAAUUCUUUUGCCUUCGUGCCUGAGUUGCAUGACAAACCGAAGCUGGUCAUGCCGAGCUGUGCUACAUGAAGAAGCCUCAUGACGGUGGUCUACUUUUUGUCUUGCAUAUUCCACAUCACUUUCGGACACACCAAUUUCGGCGACUACCACUUCUUCUACCACUACAACUUCUUCAACGCUUUCGGCGAACGAAACAGCACUACUUGAAGACGACGCGGACAACGACACUAACGUUACGACGAUUAUCACAACCACAACCGCAGCAGCUUCUUCUUCUACCGUGCAGCAACUCCCUUCGUUUACGAACCUCCAGCAGAUUUCCACACAGAUCAACAGCGGCGAUUUCGUCACGAACUUGACAACCACUUCCGGGAUCCAAGUGCAGCAGAUUGCAGCGACGCCGCCGACCCCGGUGCAGCAGUCCACGGCGACGUACGUGUGUGAUGCGAACGGGGUGUGCAGCUGUAUCAAAGACUACUACGGGCAAGGGUGCGCGCAGAAGUGUCAAUGCACAACGACCGGAACGGUGAAGUGCAACGAUGGAAUCGACGGGGAUGGCAGUUGCGUCUGCAAACCACACUUCGCGGGCGAUCGGUGCGAGAGAUGUGGUAUUUAAAUAAAGUGAUCGCGCUUUUAAGCAGUGGGACAGAAAUUUUUGUUUCUGUAUUUGAUUGUUGUAGCUGACAGCUUCGGAGUUCAGCGUUUGUCCACUUCUUCGCCCCUCAUUCGGACACCUUUCGCCUCGCUUGUUUGGUGUUCGGAGUUAUUUGGUAGUACUAGUCAGAGCUGUUAUAGCCCCCUGAAUCAAGCAACUAUUGGGCAGUAGCAACACAAACUGAAACUGAAUCGAACUUCAACAUCAACCAAAUUUACACCCACGAUCAUCCACCCCCAGGUACCUUCUACUUCGGCAACACGUGUGAGUAUCUUGGGCAUCCGGGUCUCACUAUGGCUGAGGUCAAAGCCUUGUCGAUUUCCAAUCUUUACCGCGGCUACACUUGCGGCAACCACGGAUCCAUUCUCUACGACACAAACGCGUUGACGGGACUAGUUCUCCCUUCCGGCUGCUUCUGCGACGCGGAUUACUACGGGAUGGUGACGUUUCAGUGGCCGUAUUCAACCGAUUGCGCCGCGUUGGACGCGUUGGGGAACAUAUUCCACGAAAAAUCUGUUUCACUGUGAGGAUUUUGCAAGAACCGCACCACAAGUUUGCUACACAUGACACAGAAAAUUUGCCAUGCGCGCUUCCCAAGGGAAAACACGCUUGAGAAUCCAAUAUCUUGCAGGUGUAGCAAGACAAAUAGUUCUGUGCUCUAUUUUCUGCAUCACAAGUUCACAGACACAGCGAAGCAGUUUUUUCUUGCGAUGCAACAUGCUUUCCGAUGCGGGUUCCGCAAUGCGACCAGAUAGUGGGUGUCAAAGGAAAGGUAUGACGAGCACAAGCAUCCUACUUGAACUAGUAGUUCUUGCAAUACAAACUUGAAUUAGCUUUUAGCAUGUUGACAUCAAGUGAAACUUGUCAUGCUGCUGCAGGUUUGGAAAGAGAUUUGUCUUGCAUGAUUGUGAUCACCACGAGUGUGAUGCUUUUGCAGAGGAUACAAGGCGGUUUCACCAACGCGAAUAUCACGGCUGGAUCGGUAAUCACCACUUAUCAAAUGCAAAAAUGUCUGGGUCUGGAAGCUUGUGAUGCGUGGUGGCGUCUCAUGAUGAGGCCACAAGUGCUAGCUCAGCAUGAAAAGUUUCUGAGCUCCUUCUAGGUGUUGCCUAUUCUGCACGACAAACUGCGUUCCUGCAUCACAGAAAAAUGGAGCUCUUGGGUAACGUGCGUGACAUACUUAAGAGUCAUGCCAGACAAGCAUGACAAACAUGCACUCUUCCAGAACCAGACAUUUUUGCACUUGAUACCACUUCUACCGGUACAAUAACCGUCGCGACGUACAAGACAACCGAUUACCAAAUCCGCUGCGAGUACCCGUGCAAGUGCAACAAAAUUGGCACCAGGCAUUGCGUCAACGAGCAAUUUAACCCGACGACGCAAGGCGCGUGCCUCUGCAACCCAACCUUCCAGGGGACGUUGUGUGAAAAAUGUAUCACAAACUACUACGGCAACGCGUGCGACCGAUUCUGUUCCGCGGAGCAGACCUGUCAGGGCAGAGGGGUUUGCUCGGAGACGGGGCUCUUAUGAACUGCAAAAGUAUCGUAUUUGUAUAAAUGCAUUGCAAAUUUCCUCAGAAUGAGAAAUGAAAUUUGUUAUGCGGAUUUACCUCAAGAAAAAGAUUUGUAAUGCAUGAUUUGCAAUACGAGUACCGUACGAUGCUUUUGCAAUGCACAGCUCUGUAUCUGCAGCAACGGGUGGUACGGGGACAACUGUGAGAAACUCACCUGCAUGAGCUGCAACGGCUUCGGAUCGAACGGGUUGUUAGGGUGUGAGUCCAUCGCCGGGCCAGCCUGCGACUGCGCGACGGACUACUCGGGGAAAACGUGUGAAUUCCGGGUGGCGUGGCAAAUCGGGCCCUGGGGGCUUUUAUGCAUUACAAAAAUGUCUGUGUCUGGAAGAUGCCAUGCUGUUUCUGCAUGACACAGAAGGUCUGGCAUGCCAGCCCUAGCAUCAUAGAUUUCGAGAAGGUUCUGCAAUGUUGCCUAAUCCGCACGACAAAUUCCUCACUUUGGUGACAAGAAGUGGGCAUCUUUUGCUGCCUAUGCAUGAGAGAUUUCUGUGUGUUGUGAAAUGCGCAUCACAACUUCACAUCCUUCCAGACCCAGACAUUUUUGCAGUUGAUAACUUUGCACGUAUGAAGAGCCAACCCAGAGUUGCGGGAAGGGCACGCAGAACCGGGUGAUUGGGUCGCACAUGUACAACCAUGUGAACGUCACGAACCCGAUUGUGUAUGUGCCAACGGUCCCCGCUGGGCUAUUGCCGCAAUUGUUGAAGAAACCGCUAGUGCAGCAAGAGUGUCAACACCCGUCCAGACCGUCCUGUCACUGUUUCUUCGCUUUACCAACCGUGGCCAACGGCGCGCCGGCGACAACUUGCGAUCCGUUCUACGACGGUGGGUUUUGCCCGCUGAUCUUAUGCAACAGAAAACUGUGUAAGUGUAAAUCUGUGAUGCAGAAAAUGCAAAACAGUUACACUCAUCAUGCUGGAAUUGCGUCAUAGGCUACUAUCAUACGUGUUUCCACAUGCUAGCUGAGCAUGACAGCAAAACGAAUUUGUGAUUCUGCUCUUCUUACAAAGUUACACUUACGCAGUUUUUUAUUUACUGGAUAGAUCUGCAACGACGGAUAUUCGGUCAUCGGCGAGGGCUUUCGGUGUUACAAGGGAGCGCUACAGCAACCCUUGCCCUAUUGCGUGGAAAACGCGGAGACGCAGAAGUUCGGGAGUCUUGGUGCGUUCCAGCAGAUAUGAAAGUGCACAACAACUCCCCCUCCACCUCAUUUGUAUAGCAUGAACGGCAAUACAAGCAGCAGCAUCAGCUGCAACGAUGCCGGUUUUGCAUGACAAAUUUGCACUGGAGUGCAGUGGUGCUAUUUGGGCGACCAGAACUUGUCAUGCAAACAGUGCCAAGAAGCAAAGUGUGGAUGUGGUAUUUCGCAUGACAAAUGAGGGGAAGGCGGGGCAGUUGUGCAUUGUCAUAGCAGACUCUGACGUUCCAGAUUUUUGAAGCAGCGGACGAAGCGAAGUGGGAGGCAGGUUUGAAGUAUCAAAUGUAAAAAUGUCUGGGUCUGGAGAAUACAAACUUGUGAUGCGCAUUUCAGAGCACAGAAAAAUCUCUCAUGCAUAGGCAGCAAAAGUUUCCACUUUCUGCCACCAAAAGGGGGGAUUUGUCAUGCGGGUUCGGCAUUGUGAACGCUUCUCGAAACCUGUGAUGCUAGAGCUUCCAUGCCAGCCCUUCUUUGUCAUGCAAAAACAGCAUGACUCUUCCAGACCCAGACACUUUUGCAUUUGAUAUGAAGGUAGCGAUUCCAGUAGUUUUAAGUCAGAUGACGGGAGUGGACGUGGAGGAUAUUCUGGUGCCGACAGUGGACGACGGGAACGUUUUUAAUAGGAGGAAAGCGAGCACGAAAACGGCUUUUUCAUCCUCCACAGCUGCCCAGAAUCUACUCUCUGCACCAGGAGAUGAACCAGAAAGUGCUGCAGAACUUCUUCUGCACGAGGAACAGUCCACAGCUUUAGCAAUAGUUCCAGCAGCGACAACACCGGACCAAAAGAAACGCAAGCUUUCUCUUUCCAACGCCACCCCGUUUGUCGUCGUCUACCAAGUGAAAAUCCGAGACACUACCCGGCAGGUCGCGAUCCAGUUCUAUUUGAGCUCCAUCGCGAGUAACCCCAACGCGGCGUUCACGACGAAUCUCGCAGCGGAAUUAGUCAACCACGGCAUCCCCAAUGCCGUCGCGGAUCUGGCGGUCGGGUUUCUGAUCACCAUGCCGCAAGAAGCGCAGGUGUUCGAAAUUGCGGUUACCACCACAAUAUGCAUUACAAAAGUGUCUCGGUCUGGAAGGUUGCAACUUGUGAUGCUGUCGCUGGGUGCUAGAAAAAUAAAAAUUUGUGUUGCAUGACCACCAAGAGGAGACCAGUUUGUGCUACGCGGAGCGGGCGUUUGUCAUGCGGAAUAGGCAGCAGCAAGCCCGAAAAAAAUAUGUGAUGCGUGGUCAUGCAUUACAGGCAUCAUGGGACAUGCAGAAUAUGCAUGACAAACCUGGCAAUCUCCAGGACCCAGACAUAUUUGCAAUGCAUAUCCAACAACAUCAACCACUACAAUCACCGUAACAACAACGCAAGGAGCUGCGGCGGAAACCACAGCGGAAUCAAAAACGGACUUCUUCUCCUCCGGUUUAUUCUUUGGGCUAAUUGGCGCCGCGUCGGCAAUUUUUGUCGGUGUAGUCGGGUUUUUGAUUUACAAGUAUAUCUAUUUAGCGCAUUUGGAGAAGAAACAACAGAAAUAUUUGGAAGAGAAGGAGAAGGAAAGAGUGGAAGACCAGAAGCAAGUGCACAGGAGAGAAGGCAGGGUCGUGACGAAGGGCGCGGACAUCUUGUUACCCAAUGUUGCGGAUCGGGAAUACGAGGACGGUUCGCAUAUGGAUUACAAAUAUGUCUGGGUCUGGAGGGAUGCAACUUGUGAUGCUAUCUUAGGACUCGAGAAAAAUCUGUAUUGCAUGACAGACACAAGGCGGAGUCCAGUUUGUGCUACGCGGAGAGGGUCUUUGUCAUGCGGAUUAGGGAUCAGGAAGCCUUCUAAAAAUCUGUGACACUAGGUCAUGCAUUAAAAACGUCAUGGGUCAUGCAAAAUAUGCAUGACAAACCUGGCAACCUUCCAGACCCAGACAUAUUUGCAUUUGAUAUCGCAGUAUUGGGGCACAAUGAACGCGAAAAACCUAAAGCAUGGUACUUAUUUUAUGCGCAUGAAUGUUGAUAGAUUUUGUCCUGGGAUUUCUGAAAGACUUCACUUCUGCGGCUUUUGGCCUUCCGCCCGUUUGUCUAAUUUUGCCCAAAAGGGAGACUGGACAGACAAGAAUCCGCUCGUGUUUAGCAGAUUAGACAAACGCUGGCUGGGGGGCUGUGGCCGGGGCGAGGCCAUUUGCGUCUUCCGGAUCUGCUAAACAGGAGCGGACUCUUGUCCGCAAAGCUCUACUUUUGUGGCUUUUGGCCUUCCGCCCGUUUGUCUAAUUUUGCCCAAAAGGGAGACUGGACAGACAAGAAUCCGCCCGUGUUUAGCAGAUUAGACAAACGCUGGCUGGGCUGUCGCCGGGGCGAGGCUAUUUGCGUCUUCUGGAUCUGCUAAACAGGAGCGGACUCUUGUCCGCAGCGCUUCACUUUUGCGGCUUUUGGCCUUCCGCCCGUUUGUCUAAUUUUGCCCAAAAGGGAGACUGGACAGACAAGAGUCCGCCCGUGUCUAGCAGAUUAGACAAACGCUGGCUUGGUUGUGGCCGGGGCGAGGCCAUUUGCGUCUUCUGGAUCUGCUAAACAGCAGCGGACUCUUGUCCGCAAAGCUUCACUUUUGCGGUUUUUGGCCUUCCACCCGUUUGUCUAAUUUUGCCCAAAAGGGAGACUAGACAGACGAGAAUCCGCCCGUGUUCAGCAGAUUAGACAAACGCUGGCUGGGCUGUGGCCGGGGCGAGGCCAUUUGCGUCGCCUGGAUCUGCUAAACAAGAGCGGACUCUUGUCCGCAAAGCUUCACUUUUGCGGUUUUUGGCCUUGCGCCCGUUUGUCUAAUUUUGCCCAAAAGGGAGACUGGACAGACAAGAAUCCGCCCGUGUUUAGCAGAUUAGACAAACGCUGGCUGGGCUGUGGCCGGGGCGAGGCCAUUUGCGUCUUCUGGAUCUGCUAAUCAGGAGCGGACUCCGGUCCGCAAAGCUUCACUUUUGCGGCUUUUGGCCUUCCGCCCGUUUGUCUAAUUUUGCCCAAAAGGGAGACUGGACAGACAAGAAUCCGCCCGUGUUAAGCAGAUUAGACAAACGCUGGGGGGGCUGUGGCUGGGGCGAGGCCAUUUGCGUCUUCCGGAUCUACUAAACAGGAGCGGACUCUUGUCCGCAAAGCUUCACUUUUGCGGCUUUUGGCCUUCCGCCCGUUUGUCUAAUUUUGCCCAAAAGGGAGACUAGACAGACAAGAGUCCGCCCGUUUUUAGCAGAUUAGACAAACGCUGGCUGGUCUGUGGCCGGGGCGAGGCCAUUUGCGUCUUCUGGAUCUGCUAAACAGGAGCGAUAUCUUGUCUGAAAGACUUCACUAUUGCGGUUUUUGGUCUUCCACCCGUUUGUCUAAUUUUGCCCAAAUGGGAGAUUAGACAAACAAGAAACCGUUCCUGUUUAGCAGAUUAGACAAACGCUGGCCGCUGGGUUGUGGCUGGAGCGAGGCCAUCCGCGUCCUCUGAAUCUGCUAAACAGGAGCGAUAUCUUGUCUGAAAGACUUCACUUGUGCGGUUUUUGGCCUUCCACCCGUUUGUCUAAUUUUGCCCAAUUUGGAGAUUAGACAAGCAAGAAACCGCUCCUGUUUAGCAGAUUAGACAAACGCUGGCUGGGUUCUGGCUGGGGCGAGGCCAUUUGCGUGCCCUGAAUCUGCUAAACAGGAGCGGAUUCGUGUCUGAAGGACUUCACUUUUGCGGCUUUUGGCCUUCCGCCCGUUUGUCUAAUUUUGCCCAAGAGGGAGACUAGACAGACAAGAGUCCGCCCGUGUUUAGCAGAUUAGACAAACGCUGGCUGGGCUGUUGCCGGGGCGAGGCCAUUUGCGUCUUCUGGAUCUGCUAAACAGGAGCGGACUUUGUCCGCAAAGCUUCACUUUUGCGGCUUUUGGCCUUCCGCCCGUUCGUCUAAUUUUGCCCAAAAGGGAGACUAGGCAGACAAGAGUCCGCCCGUGUUUAGCAGAUUAGACAAACGCUGGCUGGAUUGUGGCCGGGGCGAGGCCAUUUGCGUCUUCUGGAUCUGCUAAACAGGAGCGGACUCUUGCCCGCAAAGCUUCACUUUUGCGCUUUUUGGCCUCUCGCCCGUUUGUCUAAUUUUGCCCAAAUGGGAGACUAGACAAACAAGAAACCGCUCCUGUUUAGCAGAUUAGACAAACGCUGGCUGGGUUGUGGCUGGGGCGAAGCCGCUUGCGUUUUCUGAAUCUGGUAAACAGGAGCGGACUCUUGCCUGAGAGACUUUACUUUUGCGGUUUUUGGCCUUCCACCCGUUUGUCUAAUUUUGCCCAAAUGGGAGACUAGACAAACAAGAAACCGCUCCUGUUUAGCAGAUUAGACAAGUCCUGGCGGGGUUGUGCCGUGGGUGGGGGUAGUACCUGCGUCUUCUUCAGAAAGUACUUGAUAGAAAAAUUACAAUCAGAAGUAGACAAGGUGAAACUGAAAAUCAUCAAAACAGCACACAACACAUUACGCACACCAUAAUCUUCAGGUAUCGGCGUUUUAAAACUUCCUGCGUCCACCUACCGUGGCCACUUUGUCUACGAUGAAUUCCACGGAUUGGGCCUGAUGUGCUGGAAAGCGGGUGUUGUGUACGGUGGAAACUGGAAACACAACGAGAUGUUUGGCUGGGGCUCGUUACGGGUUCCGAGAAAGUACGUCUACAAGGGCCAAUUCCUGAACAACGAAAGACACGGGUACGGGAGGUGCGAGUGGUUCGAGUCCGGGGAAUAUUAUGAAGGCAUGUGGGUGAACGGGAAAAUGUAUGACUUGCAAAACAAGUAUCGUACUCGUAUAAAUGCAUUACGAAUUUUAUCACAGGGGCAAAUGAAUCACAUUACAAAUGAAUCACCAUACGGAAAAAAAAAUUUUUCCAAGUACCGCAGUGCAUGGCCCGGCUCGCACGCAUAAGGUAGCGCCCAACAUAUCCAACCAAAUAACCUGAGACACAGCGACGCUCGUCAGGAAAGUCGCGCCUUUCUCGAUAAGGUUUGCGCUAUUUGGUUGGUGGCUACGGGGGACGAACGCAGUGGCCAUGAGUGUAUGCUGGGGCCAUCCCGCCUGAAUAGCUUGCAAACAACUCGGGGGAAGCAUUCGCAACCCAAAAUACCAAGCAAAAGCCCAUUGCUAAAGAUAGGGAAAACGACGCCACAAAACUGAAGUGAUUACACCUCUAUACCGUCGGGCGUAGCGUCCCGAGGGUGUCGCAUUUUCUGAAAAAAGGUCAAUUUUUGCCAAAAAUUCAUCUUUUUCGAGGCAAAAAAAGAGGUGUAAUCACCUUGCGUUUUGUAGCUAUCAAUUAGCCCUAUGAUUCAUUUGACUCCUCCCGCUUAGUAUCUGCUUGAAUCACCUCUGCAAAAAGUCGCGACUUUUGGCAUCAAAUUGAUGCCCGAAACGCGUCUUUUUCGCGUCAAAUCACCCAAGCAGAUAUCAAGUGGGUUUGCGUUUUUUUUCGUCUGAAACAGGCUGAGCAUCUCAAGUGAUUACACCUCCACUGUUCCACUUCCGCCACUUGGUAACAGUAGAGUAGGGAAAAAGUAAGAAUAAUACGCCAGUAGCACCAUGCGGGGUAACAUUAUGCACCACGGUAUGACGCUUUGGGGUUGGUCUUGGGGUAUCUUCUAUGACAUGUUCUGCGCACUACAUCUCGCAGUCUUUUCCUUACCAAAAUGCGACGCCUGGGGCUUUUGGUCGCAGCCUUCUCAAGCAUUCGCCCACUGCAAUCUACCGACCAGCUGUGUCUGGCGCGGGGAAAAAAGCUGCAGGCGCUACGGCAGUUGGGGACGCUCCGAAUUUUUUUUUUUUUCGGCCCUAUGAUUCUUUUGAAAGUGAUUUACUUGCUCCUUUGAUAAAUUUCCUCAGCAUGAGAAAUGAGAUUUGCAAUGCGGAUUUACGUUUAAGAAAAAGAUUUGUGAUGCAUGACUGCAAUUACUACAAGUGCGAUACUUUUGCACAGGAUAGAAUGCACGGGCCUGGGCUGUACGGAACGGAGCGGGUAAGUGCGAUUUGGAAUUGGAACGAAGGGACCAUGGGAAGUUUGCUACACAAACUCCCGUCUUCGGUUAUCGGAGGGCCAGUGCAGUUGGUGGUGCUGGAGGCUCCGAGGUAGAGGUUUUGUCUUCUUGGUCUUCUUGCAUCAUGACAAAAAUUUGUUUGAGUGCCUGUUUUGCAAUACAAGUUUAACACCUACCACUCAACGUUCAAAAACCAAAAACUAUCAGGCGCGUCCCGGAGCUCCAGGCAUCGUACAAGCAGCUCUCCACGCUUCUAUGAAUUGCAAAAGUAUCGUACUAGCAUAAAUUGCAUUACAAAUUUGCUCAGCACGAGAGCUGGAAUUUGUCAUGCUGUUUCACCUUGAGGACAAGAUUUGUCAUGCAUAAUUGCAAUCAGUAUGAUUACGAUACUUUUGCACAGGAUAGCUUCUCACCCGCUACCACGUCUCCGCCGAAUCAGCGAGGUCAAGUUCCCAACAAAUGCUCUCCGCCAUGGGGUCACCGACGAGCCGGCACCGGUCCAUGUCACCGAGACUGACCUACUCCAGCAGCAUAUCCUGAGUAAAAAUGUCCUCACCCCCCCAGGGUUGUCAUGCAAAUCUGCAUGCCAAAGUAAGCCAAAAAAGUCUCUCAUGCGGAGCCACAUGAGAACCAUUUUCUAAUCCUGUUUUGGAAUUUGUGAUGCUAGAAUCAGCAUGAUAUGCUACAUCUGUGAUGCUUCGGAACUAGCUAAACAGGAAUACACUACGAGGAUAAAAACCUUGUCAUACGAAACAACCAGAGGUGGCUGAUUUGUCUAGCGGAUUUCCCAUCUUGACUCUGGUGUGGUAACAUUUUUGCUCAGGAUACAGCAGACCGGGGACUUCUUCUGAGCAGUUGAUGCUCACUACCUACGGGUCCGCGGGCACCGCCGACUCGCAGUAUCCUGUGCAAAAGUAUCGUACUCGUAUUGCAAUCAUGCAUGACAAAUCUUUAUCUUAAGGUAAAUCUGUAUCUGCAUUACAAAUUUUAUCUCUCAUGCUGAGGAAAUUUGUAAUGCAUUUAUACGAGUACGAUACUUUUGCAAAGCAUACGCAGAACCAAGCUACCACGGUGAGCAAGAAGUUCAUAUCAAAUGUAAAAAUGUCUGGGUCUGGAAGAAUGCAACUUGUGAUGCUGCAUUUGGAUUCCAAAAAAAUCUGUAUUGCAUGAGUACCGAAGGGAGCGCAAGUUUUUGCUACGCUGAGAAGGCAUUUGUCAUGCGGAAUAGGCAUCAAGAAGCUCUCAAAAAAUCUGUGAUGCUAGGGUAUGCAUCACAGACAUCAUGGCUCAUGCAAAACGUGCAUGACGAAUCUCGCAAUCUUCCAGACCCAGACAUUUUUACAGUUGAUAGUUCAUGAACGUGAGCAAUUUGCACGGGGUGCGGAACGCACAUUCAAUGUCCCCGUCGCAAAGAGAAACGAUCCGGAAAGCGGUGACAAGUGGUGCGGCGAGUUCCAGUAGGCACGAUUUUCAGUACAGCACGAGAACUGGGGUAUCUUCGACGGGAGAGGAUUCGCAGAUGGAGCUCUACGACGGUCCGGAAGUGUUCGGCGGGAAGACUUCCACAUUGGCAGACCGAUACGCAAGACAGAUCGACACGAACCGGAGUCAGUCACCAAGGUAUAGCAGCCCGCACGAUACAACCGGCGGAGGGAACAACGAUACCGGUGGAUCGGCGCGGAAGACGCAGAAGAAGGACCUGAAACCGCCAACGUAUCUUUUGAUAUUGAAUAAAUGUGUUGCGAAAUAAACGCAUGGCAUGACAAACUGUGUUUCCACAUCAUAGUGCAAAAUUUCGCAUGACAAAAUCACUUCCAAAAAUGAUUUCUAUCAGCCUCGACACGCAAAAAGCCCGGGACAAGAUAACGCCUGCGAUUCAGGACCAAAUGGGCGCGGACGUACCGCCAAGACCGGGAUCGUUAUCCAUUGCAAAAGUAUCGUACUGACUUUAACUAGUAGAAGUAGCAUCACAAAUUCGAUGGUCAGGAGCAUGAAAAAUGGAAUUUGUAAAGCUGGUUAGAGUACAUCAAACAUUGACCUGUAAUGCGUGACUGCCAUUAUUACCACGAGUACAAGGUAUUUUUGCCGUGCAUACUCCCCCGGGAAGGACAGCAAGCUUUCCAAAGACAGCAAGUCCAAUUUCCCAGACCCGCCAGCUCUCAUCCAUAUCGCAAGAAAAAAGUGUUACAGUUACACAUUGUGUUGCAGGAGCAGCAACACAGACAACCUUUCUCAUGCAGAAAAUGCUUGCGAGCCUCGUUUUCUUCCUGUUUUCCCUUAUGAUCUUCGCAUAUACAAGUUUUCUCUGCCACAUCACAGAGAGAAUUCGUGAUGCAGAAACUCCAACAAAUGUGUAACUGUAGCACUUUUUUCUCGUGAUAAUCCAGUUCCUCCCAUUAGAACGGUACGAGCAGCAUCACCCUCUGGACUGCAUCCACAACAACGCAUUGUGUAAGUUCGACCUGGAUUUGGAGUGCGAAAUUGAUUUCCCGCAGUGGGGCUUCCGAGUCGGAAACCCGUUUGUGUGGUCGGGAUCGAAGGUGAAGGACUGUUUGGUAAUAACGGAGAUCUAUGGCACGGAAACCGCAAAUCCAAACCCCAACGCCGCCCCGUUCCCGGGUGGGCCGGUGCUGGCGAUGGGGCCCCUGCGGCAGUGGAACUUAGACCACUGCGGGGACAGCGGGAUGAAAGGGAUUGGCGUGUCGACGGUGGCGAGCAGUAGUGCGAGGUAUAAACUACUUACUCAAGAGAGGACUCGUUCGGUUGCAUUAGAAAAAGACUUUGUCAUUCACGAAGAUGCAUACCUAAUUGCAGGAGCAAGUGCAGCUUUUCAAGUUGAAAGAAAUCCAUCCAGUACCAAAAAUCCCCCUUCAGGUCACCAAGAAGAGGCUCCUCUCCGAAGAACAGUAACAAGACCGCACCAACUUCCCAACCGAAGAAACAAAUCGUCCAGAAUACCUGGCCGAUUAAGAAAUUCGCGAGAAUAGUUUCCGUCAACGGAGUUACAAAGGAUUUGGUCCGGAUGCUGAAGUUGCUCUCCAUGGCCACACGGGAUCUGAAGCUCGGGAUUGUAAACUCCGCGUUUGUGAAAUCCUACGAAGGGUCGGGAGAGAAGCUAUCCGACGGCACCAUCGCGGAACUGCCGAUGAUAUGCAUUGCAAAGUAUCGUACUCUUCGUAUGAAUUGCAUUACAAAUUAGGUCAGCAUGCCAAACGGAAUUCGUCAUGCUGCUUCACCUUCGGAAGGAGAUUUGUCAUGCAUAUCUGCAAUGAGUACGAGUGCGAUAGUUUUGCAAUGUAUAGAUGGCGCCGGGAGAGGAGUACGAGCGGGACGAAAAACAAGGCACGAUGAAGAGAAGAAAGAAGAAGGAACAGCUUGCGUUGACGGACGGUAGCGGCAAGGGCGGAGCAAAGAAGAGACAGCAGAGUAGAGACAGCAGGCCCGACAGUCCGAAAUCGCUGGAGGAUAAGAAAAGACCAUUAGCGAUAGAAGACCAACAUCGCAGGAACCCGCCCCCGGGAAGUAGCAGCUCGAGUAACGCAAACGGCCCACCAGCGCCACCGCGGGGAGCACACUCCAGGGCGCGGCAAGAGCAGCAGGGUGGCCGGGAAAGGAGCGAUAGACGGCGGGACAAGAUCCGGCCCGAUUUUUUUGAGGACGCGGAGGAGGUGUGAUGGUGCUGGAACGAUGUUGUUAGUAUCCAUUAAUUUGAAUUUCCUAGGCAAAGAAUACCAGCAGACCGUGCUGUCAUAGCUGCCAGAUGGAUCGGAAAUUGGCAAUACAAGGUGAGUAUUAACAAAUUGAUGACCGAAGAAAAUAAAUAGGAUGAACAAUAUCAAUAUGUCAACUGCAAUACCGUGAGUCAAGAUGCUUUACAAAGUUGAAGUUCAUGAGCAAAGGUUCGUUGAGUCAGUGUUAGGCACUGAACUGUCAUUGCUUUUUGCGUAUACGACUGAGAAGGACGAAGCUGAUCCUUUCGGCUUUUUUUGAACCUGAGCCUCGAAAUAGUCAAUCAAUACAAGAAAUCUGAAUUUAUCUGAAUAAAACUACGUGAUGCCUGAUGGCGUAUUCAAACGCAACCUCAAUACUAGAUAUGGUGAUAAAUAAACAAGGAAAUUUAGCUUUGAUUUUAUUUAGCAACAGUUCAUCGAUAACUUCGGGAAAGGCAAAAUCAGUCGGAGAAAGGUCACAGCCUCUCACGACUGGUUCCUUUGUACUUACUCUUCUUCUUUCUUACGUUUAAAGCUACAAAAAGAUUAAGAUUAACUCGUUUCUGCACUGCACCAGGCUUCCGGACACAACAUGAUGAAAGCCGGUUGCGGAUAGAAUUUUCCUUUUCCUUUCAUUGUCAAUCUCAAUACUGUAGCACGUACAAGGACUACAGACUCAAUAUUCGUAUUGUAUCAAAUUGAAACGUGAGCUCCAUUUUGAUAAAAUUUUACUUCUAUUUCUUCUUCUUUUCCCUCGUCUUUUCACUGCUGGAAAGGAUUGUCGCGAAGGUGUGUAGUACUCUGCAUCUUUGUGCAGGCAUUUUCGGUGGUAUUUGGAGACGAGCAUGAUCUGGAUCUGCAUACGACAGAUCAGUUGUUUGUACAGUACAGUAAAGCUACGGUGUGUUGGCUAUGCGGCUUUGAUAAAAGAAUCAUUGAUGCUCAAUGUUGUAGUUUAUGCAAUGCGAAAAAGAUUCCCAAAGAAGUCCAUUCUGGACGAUGUUGGACUAAAAUGGUACUCCCGCAUGCACCCGUGGACGGAGAUUUGUUGACUGUAUGUGGCAUUUGUUUUUUCUUUUUCUUGAAAUUGAAAUUGUAGUAUGCGCAU